AUGGCGACCGCGGAUCUCCGACCCCCUUUUCUUGGUUGGAGGCUGCCGCUACUGCUGACGGUGGUGGAGGCGGUGGUCACCGACGCCGUGCUGUCGCUGCCCAACGCCCGGCAGCGGGCGACGAACUCCUGGGCCGCCGUCCGCGACACCUUCUUCUCCACCAAGGAAGUGUUGGAGGGCCACCGCGUCGUCUUCACCGUCGGCACCUCCAUUGUCUCUGCCCUCAUGCCAUCUUCUCAAGUGGAAGAUGAUCCUGCUGCCAUCAAGUCUCUGUUUCUUGUCAGUUGUUAG